CCUGACGCAGGAAGAGCGGCGAGCGGCUUCCGGCGGAAGUGGGGCCCUGUGGUUCCGCCCGGCGUGAGUGAGCGAGUUUGGGCUUUUUGUUUUAAAGAUGGCGGCUGCGGCGGGCUUGGAGUUCCAGCGAGCCCAGUCCUUGCUCAGCACCGACCGCGAGGCUUCCAUCGGCAUCCUCCACUCCAUCGUGAAGCGCGAUGUCCAGGAGAAUGACGAAGAGGCGGUGCAAGUCAAAGAGCAAAGCAUUUUGGAGCUCGGCAGCCUCCUAGCCAAGACAGGACAAGCCGAAGAGCUCGGAGGACUCUUGAAGUAUGUGCGUCCCUUCUUGAACUCCAUCAGCAAGGCGAAGGCAGCCCGUCUGGUUCGGUCCCUGCUAGACCUUUUCCUAGACAUGGAAGCUGCAACUGGACAAGAGGUUGACUUGUGUCUUGAAUGCAUCGAGUGGGCCAAAUCGGAGAAGAGGACGUUCCUGCGCCAAGCUCUGGAGGCAAGGCUGGUGUCCUUGUACUUUGACACUAAAAGGUACCAGGAGGCGUUACAGUUAGGCUCACAGCUUUUGCGGGAGUUGAAGAAGAUGGAUGACAAGGCCCUCUUGGUGGAAGUCCAGCUGCUGGAGAGCAAGACCUAUCACGCCUUGAGCAACCUGCCAAAAGCGAGAGCAGCGUUAACCUCUGCCCGAACCACAGCCAACGCAAUAUAUUGCCCACCCAAGCUGCAGGCGGCCCUAGAUAUGCAGUCAGGCAUCAUCCAUGCAGCAGAAGAGAAAGACUGGAAGACGGCGUACUCGUAUUUUUAUGAGGCGUUCGAGGGUUACGACUCUAUCGACAGCCCCAAAGCCAUCACAGCGUUGAAGUACAUGCUGCUGUGCAAGAUCAUGCUGAACUCGCCUGAGGACGUGCAAGCGCUUGUGAGCGGGAAGCUUGCUCUGCGAUACGCUGGCAGACAGACAGAAGCACUAAAGUGUGUGGCCCAAGCCAGUAAGAACCGAUCGCUGGAGGACUUCAAAAAGGCGCUGAAAGAUUAUAAAGUUGAACUCAGGGACGACCCCAUCAUCAAUACGCAUUUGGGCAAACUCUACGAUAACUUAUUGGAACAGAACCUGAUCCGGGUCAUCGAACCGUUCUCCAGAGUGCAGAUUGAACACAUAUCUAGCCUUAUCAAGUUGUCAAAGGCGGAUGUGGAAAGGAAACUCUCUCAGAUGAUCCUGGACAAGAAGUUCCAUGGGAUCCUUGACCAAGGCGAAGGCGUUCUGAUCAUUUUCGACGAGCCGCCUGUAGACAAAACGUACGAAGCGGCUCUGGAGACCAUUCAGAACAUGAGCAAAGUAGUGGAUUCGUUAUACAACAAAGCCAAGAAGCUGACAUAGAGUUGGGAACUGUUGCCUGUUGCUUUGGAGAGUGGGUGCGUGAAACCUUUUUUUUUUUGUGAGGGGGCGGGGGACAAAAGGCUAGAAGACUGGCGGUUUUUUCCUCCCCCCCUCACACCCCUCCCGCUAUUUUGCUCAACUUUUUCACUUGGAAAGUUUUAAGACUUCCUCAUCUGAUCCAUCCUGUCUAUACGAUUGCGUGUUCCAGUUCCCAUGUAAUCUUUCGCCCGCUGAACUUUGUACUGGGAUGGGGGAAAUAAUGUUUUAAAAAGGAAAAAAAAGGGGGUUUUUUGUGGGGGGGGGAGGGGGGGAAGCCACGGCAGUAACCCCGAAUAAAAGGAGAGACUUCUGUGACCUUUAAAUAAAAAACCCAAGUGCUUCCCAUUUUCUUGAGGGGGGCGGGGGGAGGGGUAGUUGUAUGUCGGUGGUAGGAACUCGGCCCCCGAAAGGAAUGCUCCGUGUGGGAACGAAAUUCCUGCCACAGAAGGCAGUUCACUCGCACACUGUACAACAUACUACUAUCGCAUGCAUGCGUUCGUGCGCACAAAAGCUGCGGCCAGCCGCAGCACCUUGCGCGUCAGCAAAACCGCCCCUCCGACACGAGAGCGUUCCUUGUGGGAAUUUUGUCAUUUGUGGAGCUGUCAGUUAGAAAGCGGGGGCUGAGUGGACAUACGGAAAGUCUGGCGGCCAAAGUAAAAUUGGCCUGCUGUCCUCCGCCAGCGACACUACAGAAAGAGCUACGAAAGGUGUGGGGGGGGCCCCUUGGUCUGAAAUGCUCUGUUGAAUUCUUGGAUGCCUUUAAACGCCCCGGAGUCUGCUUGAAUGAAUUUCCCCCACCUCCCCACCCCGUGAUUUGUCAAAAGGUAAAGGACCACCACAGUCUCAUCAGUAACUCUGAACGUUUCCUGGUUCUGUACUGCAUGAUAUUUGCCCCCCCCCCCCCACCCAACAAUGGCAAGAAAUAUUACUUGCCUUUAAUACUUUGCUAGUUGGAAGAGUAACAGAGAACUUGUGUUUCUGAAAAGGUUGGCUUUUGUUAAAGAGGGGAGUGGAGCGCUUUAGGAUUCCCAGGCUAGCUGUUCCUGGGCUGCCCAUUUGUGCCCCUCUCCGCGCACCCGCCGGGAGAAGGGGGACCCUCCCCGGGCUGAGGACCUGGCUACUCAUGACACCCACCACGGAGAUGUUGCCAAAAGCAGUGCCCCCCCCCCAGAGUCUCGUUCCCCCACCUCUUCUGUGAUACCUAAGCCCAUUUGCAUCCCAGCACUUAAGUUCUCCCUGCCAGAAAACAAAGCCAGUGCAAUCGACUGGAGGCAGUGGAGGUCAUGUUGUAAUACCUACGAUGCCAAGUGGGCAGAGCUCUCUUAGGUUAGGAGCCAUCACACGGCAGUCCCUGGGCCAAAUCUUGGUCCUCCAGCUGCCAACUCGCAGACAAGAGCGUCUGGAGGAAGCAGGAGCGGAGGCCGGCGGGGACAUCCCGGGAGCAGGGCCGAGAGGGAUCCUGUCCUGCCGCUGUGAUCCUCCGGUGGCUGACCAGCAAGGGAGGGGAGUAGGGAGCUCCCCACCGAGGCACUGGCUCUUGGCGGCAUCCCAGUGGCUGCCAAAAAAGGGGCAGUUAAUCUGCUCCCUAACAGUGCAGGGAAUUCUAGGGGCUGCUCUUGUGGGUUCGAGACAGGAGCGUGUUGGCCCCAGCACCGUAUGCCGAAACGCUCUUUAAUGCGUCACUGACGUCAAGGUAGCGUAGUCUUUGACUGGGCUGCCCUCCUCUUGCGUUCCUCUCCCUCUCCGCUUCUUCACCCUCCUUUUGUGGAGUUACUCUCCCGUUCCCAGAAAUAUUGGUUUUUUUUUCAGUUGCAUGCAGUCGCUCCACCGGCUCGUCCCUCUUUCCCCGCUUCUCUCCCUUUUCCUUUCGCUCUGUCUUCAUCUCAGCCAGUCAGAUGUUGUGGGGAGGUAAUUUUUUUUUUUUUUAAAGUUUGGUCUCGGGGAGGGUUUUGGCACCAUGACUUUCAAAUGUACAAAACGGUUCACGCUAACACACACCAGGUAUAUCUGAUGUUCAGAUGGCAUACAAAUAAAUUUUUUUU